AUGAAGGGCCUAUCCAUUCAGCCACCCAGUAUCAACACCGGCGUCGUCAACACAACGAACCAAGUCACGUCCGAACCUGCCUCGCCGUCCUUCAUCAAGCCUACGAUACCCGGAAUGAAGAGGAAACCUAGUCAGCUUAGCCUCAAGACGAACUCGACCGAUCUCAUCGCGAGAACCACUCUGGAAGUUCCCAGCACGCCGGCUCUGCCACCCAUCUUGCAACGUCGCGCAUUAAAACAUUCGACCUCAUCGCCCCAUAUGCUGACGGGACUCAAAUCAGCGUCAUUAGGACCAAUCGGAGGCAUGAGUUUCCCCAAGGUUCUUGAGCGCAACGAGUCAGGGCUUUCCGAGCUUCUGAGGCCAACGAGGACGGGCAUUGGCGCGACCUUUGAGGCACCCAUCACUGAGGAGGAAUCGCCAAUUCGAACUCAAAUGGCCAACCGAGCCGCCAUGGAUGCCGAGCCCUUCCAUGAAAUCGAACAAAACGAAGACCAAAAGACACCCGGGUACCCUGACGGACCCAUCGCUAUUUAUGACGACAAUGUCUUCCUGUAUCUCGAGCCAUCGGCGGAUGAGGCAGCCAGGUUCGACACGGUCAUCAAUGUUGCCCGUGAGGUCAUCAAUCCCUUCAGCGCUGCACACAAAGCGGACCACGAGAUGACCGACGGGCCCACGGAGGCUGCCGACGACAGCCCCAUCCCCGAUACCGCGGUAACCAGCGCCAGUUUUGCGACAGCAUUUGAGUUCCAGCCUUCAGACAAUCGCCCCAUGGAUACUCCAACGACGCCCCGGGCCGUUGGAUUUCCCCAGAAGCAGCCUGAGUACAUACACAUGCUUUGGGACCACAAUACGGAUAUCGCGAAAGACCUCAUGCAGCUUUGCGAGACGAUCGAAUCGAGGACGAGGGAGGGCAAGAAGGUCCUGAUUCACUGCCAGCAGGGCGCGAGUCGUUCCGCCAGUCUCAUCAUUGCCUACGGACUAUACAAGAAACCCGAGCUCAGUGUCAACGAUGCUUACUAUGCCGCUCAGGCGAAGAGCAAGUGGAUCAGCCCCAACAUGAAGCUCAUGUACUGCUUGCAAGAUUUCCAGAAGGAGGUGUCUGCGAGAAAGCCUGCGCCUGGUUCCGCAUUCCGUCCUCGCUCCGGCAAGAGUCCAACUAAGCAUCGACUGACCCUCUCCGCCGACGCCAUUGAGAGUCCAGCAAAGGAGGCGCGGACCGCUCCCAGAACCGCUCCUCUUCCCAACGAGCAAGAGAAGAACUCAAUGGGCGGCGUCGCUGGUAAUGGCAGCCCAAGGAGGGCGCGCAGAUUCUCGAACCCUAGCAACAACCGGCCGAACCCUGUCAAGGCGUACUCGGCCCCCGCAAGCUUUUGCUGCUCACCAGCAACAGAGAAACAAGACUUUGGCAAGCCUGCCCACUUCGAUUUCGAUCGCUUACUUCCAUCAAUUAAUCAGCCUACAAUCUUUGGUCACGAUGUCUCGAACGAUAAGCCGCAAAGCAUUAUGAUGAAGCCCCCGCCUUCUCCUGGGUUCGGCAGCCAUCGAUUCGGAUCGCAGGCAGGGUUUGCCUUUGCGAGUCUCAAUCUAGGCUCCUCGCUCGAGCUUAGGCCAAUGGGCCCGCCAGCGCCAAUCGAACACGAGGUCACACCACUCGGCGCUUUCCCCGAGGACGACGCCCUCAUGUCGCCUCGGGCCGAGACGAUGACCAACAACCCGCUGCAUGAGCCAUGCCAUAAUAUCGCGGGCAUGCAAUUUGUUGAGGUUCCACCAACACCAUGCGAUGGUCUUUUUUCGCCGCGAGAAACCAUGUUCCCGCGUGACCCUCACUUUCCGUUCGCUCGCCCGCCACAAGUUGCCGACCCUAGAAGCCCGCCGACGAAGGGCGAAACACCCAUCGUUCGGUCUAUCGACGAAAUCCUUUGA